CGGGAGUCAACAAACAAAUGCUUGCCUACUAAGCGUGAUUGGAAUUUGACAGAAGCAAUUUGUAAUAGGCUGAAGAAGUUUAAUGAUGCCACUGAACUAUUCUCUGGCACCAAAUAUCCCAUUGCAAACUUGUGUUUUGAAGUAGUUUGUGAGAUUAAAAUUGCUUUGGGUCAAUGGUGUGUUUGUGGAAUUCAAACCAUUGAAACUAUGGCCAUGAAUAUGUUAGAAAAAUUUGACAAGUAUUGGUUUGAGGUGCAUGUUUUAAUGGGGGUAGCAGCUAUACUUGAUCCAAGGUAUAAAACAGAAGUUAUGGACUGUUACUUUCCUGAGAUUUAUGGAGAAGAAAGUGGCAGUAAAAAGGAGAAGCUUACUAGUAUUUGUCGUAAGUUAGUUGAGGACUAUGAAGAUAAGGAAAAAGAGCAAGAAAAAGAAACAGAUUGCACUCAACUGAGCAGUUCACGAGCUGCUGCAAGUGAGAACGAGGUAACAAGCAAGUUUGCUUAGUAUGCUUCUACAAGGAAGAGGAAGCCUUCAAGGUCAGAGCUGGAUUCUUACUUGGAAGAUGGGAUUAUAAACAACACACCUGAUUUCGAUGUGUUGUGUUGGUGGAAAUCAAACAGAAGCAAGUACCAUAUAUUGCAUAAGGUUGCAAGGGAUAUACUGGCUAUUCGUGCUUGAACAGUGGCCUCAGAGUCUGCCUUUAGUACUAGUGGAAGAGUGAUUUCUUAUCAUCGCAGUAGGCUGCAUCCAGAUAAUGUUGAGAGCUUGAUGUGUGCUCAAAGCUGGUUGCAUGGCACUUCUCAAGCAGCAGGUUCCACAUUAGAGAAGGCCAGGAAUGGUACUGUACUUGAGGAUUCAGAUGCAAAGUCCGAGAAUGAGGCUGAGGUGGUGCAAGUUACUGGAGGCAAAAGAGACUGAUAGUCUUAAGCCUAUAGGCUACAUGGAGGCUAGCAGAUGUGGGUGGUUGGGUGUUGCUGGGUGUUCUCAGUUCUGAUGGUGGGUUUGGUGGUUUUCAACUUGCUGCUGUUGCAUGAAGAUUGAAGAACAUUGGAGCUUUUUU